AUGUUUAAUGAAGGAGAAAUGGCAGCAAUGGCCACUUUUGCUGUACUUUUAUGGCAAAGCUUUCUUCUAGUGCUUCUUGUUCCAUCUGUUGUGCCAAAAGAGCAGAAAGAAGUGCUUCUCGUUCCAUCUGUUGUGCUUAAAGAGCAGAAAGAAGUGUGCUCCUCCGGAAAAGUACUGGGCUGCGAGCGGAAAUGUUAUCCGUCAUGUGGCGUUGAAAAAGAUUGUCCUGAGGUUGACAAAUGUCUCAAGAAGAAGUGUCAAUGUCCGAAAGGAAAAGUGGAAAAUAGUAAAGGAGAAUGCGUUGAUCCAUCCGAGUGCACAACAGCACUAGUCCGAGCAAAACGGCAAACUCCAAUCAGCAAUGUGAGUUUUACCUCCGACUUAUGA